AAGGUAAAGUGACUAAGUCUUUCUUAAUUCCGGAGCUUCAGCAAUUUUGGAUUGAGCCAAACAGGCAAAUCUCAGUUCCCAUGAUUUCAGCAUCAGGAAUAUUUCAGUUCAAAGAUGACAGCUUAACAAAUCAAUUGGUACUAAAGAUAUUUCUUAGCGAAAAAGAUUUCCUGUUGCUUAUCCUACCAACUAAUGGAAAUACCCUUGAGAACAUUGAAUCUUCAAUCACAAGCCAAAACUGGCAGACUUUAAACUGGCUAAAUGGUUUAUCAAACAGAUGCAUCCAUUUAACCAUACCAAAGCUUGAAAUAGAAUGUUCAUAUGAUGCCAAGGACCUU